UAAACUUUAUUCCGUUUUCAGAACACUCACAGUGGUUUGCCCCGGAAGUUCAAGGCAAUGCUGUUACGCUCACUAUGUCCAGUGCCAUUCCGCCGGCGAUCUUAGUCAACAACCAUCAGCUAGUAUUUCUUGUUGCUGCACAAAAAUCCAAUAGCAAUAUUGCAAGAGCAACCAUAAUCAUUUCAUUAAUAGACGAUUACACUGACGCAAUUAUUCUCGGUUUCGAGCGAGCAAACUAUCUUGGUUCUAUUGAAAAUGAUGCAUUAACUAUAGAACCAAUUGUCCUUAACGAGGGGUACACGGACGCCGUUACAUUUACGCUUUCUGGUGAUGUGGCCUUAUAUUUCAAUCUACAACAGCAAGGGUCAACAGUAAACAUCAUUCUACAGAGUUCCAUUCCAGAAGAGACGAUGCCUGCCAACGGGAUUUUGUUAUUUGAUUUGCGCGCGUCAGCACCAGAAGCCAUAGCCGCUACGACAACUGUAGUAAUCGAGGCCCAGCGAGCUGGUGAUAGCGAGGACCUUGCCUUUAGUGCUGCUUACUAUAUUGGAGAGUACAGUGAGACUAGCGGCCUCGCGUUUGACUCUAUGAUCAGGCUAGACGUAGGCUACGAUCAAAACGUACAGUUUGCAUUGGAAGGCGAACAUUCACAAUGGUUUGCCCUGGAAGUUCAAGGCAAUACUGUUACGCUCACUAUAUCCGGUGCCAUUCCGCCGGCGAUCUUAGUCAACAACCAUCAGCUAGUAUUUCUUGUUACUGCACAGAAAGCCAAUAGCAAUAUUGCAGGAGCAACCAUAAUCAUUUCAUUAAUAGACGAUUACACUGACGCAAUUAUUCUCGGUUUCGAGCGAGCAAACUAUCUUGGUUCUAUUGAAAAUGAUGAAUUAACUAUAGAACCAAUUGUCCUUAACGAGGGGUACACGGACGCCGUUACAUUUACGCUUUCUGGUGGUAAGUAGAUCGGUAAUAUGUGUAAAUAAAUUUUGACUCCUGUUUAAAUUUAGUAAGAAAUGUUUUACGUUUCUAGAUCUGGCCUCAUAUUUUAAUCUACAACAGCAAGGGUCAACA